CAUUCCCACUUGAGCCGUGGCAAGUGCAAGUCUGACUCCAUCCUGCGCCACGACUAGUGCCCCUGCAGAUAUAUAAGACCCUGCUGUGCCAUCAUUGUGGACAUCUCAGUACGUCUAAUCCCCCACAGUCCUUCGUGUCCCCUACCCGCUGUAAACCGCCGCGGCAGCCAAACGAAACGAGCCAUCUCCUGCCCCACCUUUCGGUUCUGACAAGCAUACGCAGAAGGUCAUCCGAUUUACAUCCGGUUGAACGACCAAAAUAUGUCACAAACAGAAGCGUUGCAAGUCUUGCCUGAUGUCCUGGGCCCAGCGGCUCAUGACAAGAUCGAUCAGCGACUCUGGGAGUACGUCAAAAGAUGGCGUAAAAUCGGAGAUAAUGCUGGUGUGGCUGCAAUGCUAUUAAAGAUGAAUCCCGACGAUCUGCAGGAGCACGAGGGUACUCUUGGCGUUGUCCUGUUUCAUGCUCUCCGGGCGCAGAGCGACCGCGAAAGUCAGAUUCGGAAAGAAUAUUCGGAUGCAUUGACCUGUCAGGAUGUAUUCUCAGGACCUCAUGCCGAGGAAAUCUUGCAGAUGAUGAAAACCUGCGCUGAGAACGGCAGUUUUGCAGCCAUCCGUAACCUCAGUCUAUUCAGAAUACCCAUUGCUACUGAGGAAACCAACUUUGAUGCAGCUCAAAGUGAAGCAACGGUAUCGGCAUGGUCAAGAACAUUCUAUGGCACCGCUCAUCAAACACUGUACAACAGCAUCGAGAGGAUGAACUCUUCUCGCGUCCCGGAGCAAUUGUACUCCAACUAUGUUUCUAUUGUCCAAAGCUCUGGUACCGGAAAAUCACGCACGGUCGACGAAAUGGCUCGCUUGGUGUUCACAUUUCCCUUCAAUCUCCGUGCGGAAGGCGACUCAGGCUAUGCAUAUCCUGUCGCAGAUUCCAAAAUCCGUGAUUUUCUGCUUGAAGAGGGUUCCAAGGAGAACUUUGAUUCUAUAGUAGCUGCUUAUCUAAUCUUUUUCAAGCAUCUAUUCGAAGCGACUACACAAACGCUAUCUACUGUUGGGAGCUCUAUUGAAGACCAGACGGCGGGAAUUCGAAGUAACGCACCACUAGCCGAAGAAUGGAGAGCGCAUCUUGCAGAGGGUGAUACGAGAAAGCAAUUCUAUGAGAAAACGGUAAAAUAUGUCAGACGGUUGCCAGAAGUGAUCGAAUUGAAACAGAACGAAGGUAGCAUCAAGCUCAAUUCAUACGCUCAGCGUGCGGUCGAGGCAGGCGAAAAUCUAAUCAAAUCCCUUGUGCAUGAUGAGUCUGCCGAGCCUGCCAACUCUCUACGUCUGGUCAUGUACUUCGACGAGGCCCACUCACUGAUGCAGCACAGCACUAAAGGAAUAGACACUGGUCGCACUCGCUAUCAUGCUCUAUGCAAGGCUAUUCACCAGCUAGCAGCCCUUCCUCUUUUCGUUGUGAUGUUGUCAACAACUUCGCAGCUUCACAAGUUAUCUCCUGCAAAGAUAUUCCAUCCCUCAAUGCGAGUGCAGGGUGGAAAGCAGGAUGAUCUCCAAGCACCGAUCACUGAAAUGCCCUUUGAUCUCCUCUGUGACAACCAGACUUUGGUUCCUCCGGGAGGAGUAACGCUGACGGAUGCAUGCUCGUUGGGAUUUAUCUGUCGGUUCGGUCGACCACUCUGGAGAGCAUUCUUCAUGUCUGAAGAUCCUGAUGUCCAACGUAUGCUGGUGGACACAGCGUACUCGAAACUCACCGGAUUCCAACUUAAUCAGGCGCUCGAUGAGACUACUGUCCACCGCAGUCGCGCUCAUCUUGCAGCUUUGAGCACUCGAUUGCUUCUGGAGUUCGAGCCUAUUCGCGAGCUGGCCCGUAAAGCGGAGGUCGAAUUAGUCGAAAGCAACCUUCGGAUUGCCUAUAGCGUUCCGAAGCAUCGUGAAUAUCUCCGAUCGGGCUACCCGUCAGAGCCGAUCCUCGCCGAGGCUGCUGCGCGCUUCUUGAUUCGGAGCAGAUCUUCGGUUCCCGCUAACCUGGCAUAUUUCAUCGAGAGCGGAUUGAUCAACAAAGGCGAGAGAGGCGAGCUUGUUAUGCGCUUGCUGCUGCUCGAAGCUUUCGACAAGGCAACAAGGAAGCAGUGUGGAAACCCCGAGGACCCGAAGCGCAUAACGUUCGACCAUCCCAUCCCAGUCAUCGACUUCCUACAAGCGCUCUUCGGUGAGGACAACAUGGAAACAGUCUUGGACAAGGACCCACACAACUGUGCGAACUGGAGAACGUUCAGAAAGGCGUUUGGGAAAGCGUAUGUUCACUUCACGCAUUUCGGAAAGUCGGAAAACGAGUCCGUCUCCAACCAAUUUGGCGCCUGGGCGGCCAUCAUGCGUGGAAUGGCUAUGCAGUGCUCCACAAAUCAGAGGAACAUCGAUUGCAUCAUACCAAUAGUUUUCGACCUCAAAAAGAAGAUCACGCCAGAUAGAAUGAGCGCAAUCCUCAUCCAGGUCAAGAACAAAGAAGAGUUUGAGGUGCUGGCGAUAGACGAAAAGAAGCUAGAUGGUGUAAAUGACUUCUUUCGGAAAGAUAAAGGGAGGACAUUGCCAGACAAUCGCCCUUACAUCACGAUUGCGAUGCACCUCGGCAUCCAGGAUGCCGCAUACAAGACGUCACUGCCUAAAGGAAAGCUCCAUGAAUUGGAGGCCUCUUUUCAAUGUGUGGCGCCGACAUCCCAUGUCAGUACUCGCUCGACGACGGAGGAGCGAAUGGAAACUCUGUAUGAUCCCGACGAUGACUUGGUCCCCCCCGAAGGACCGCAAGAAAAGAAAAAAGAUAUCCCCCAUCCGCGAUACGAGAUUGUGGCCAAGAAAUGCUACCCCAAAACAUUUGCAGCUAUGCUCGACCAUAGGAGCAAUGUGCAGGAAGCGACGAGCAUUUAUGCGUACUUGUUGGGUGGCACAGGUGUCUACGACGAGCAUCCGAGACAGGAGGAAGAAAAUCUCGCGGCUCUGCGCAACUUGAAACCGGGAUGGAGCGUUGGAGAUGACUACUACGACUGGACCGGUAACAAGUUCCUAUGCGGGGAAACGCCCGGACGCAGACGAAUGAAGUCAAAUGACUCGCAGGAUGCAGUCCCAAUGCUCAUAGACGGAGGCGGAUCACCUGAAGACAUCGUGAUGGGUAGUCAAAAUUCCGAUUGAAUGAGCGCACCGAGCUCAGUGACUGAGAACUUGUAGGCCGCCUUGGAGAAGACACACCGGUGUGCCGUGUUUGAGCUCCCCUCUAUCGAAUCAUGCCAAUUGUUAAUGUAUGCAUCUAUGUAAUGCUUGACGGAACAUUCUAUAUCCAAAUAAUUAGUGCUGCAGCGCGGCAAGAAUGUACAUACCAUUGCUCUCUUGGACAUCUAAUGAAACGCAC